AUGUUUUCGGUUUCAUCUAACGAGGUCGAAGGAUAUAGAUAUCCAUUUUCACUCAGAAAAAUAACACAAAUUAUUGAUUGUUAUCUCUGGUGUGAUAAACCAUGGGAAAACCCUUUAACAUCUUUAAUCAAAGCUGGAUUUGGAAAGCAGCAGAAUGUGAAAUCAGCAAGAACAGCUCAAAAUAAUGAAGACUGUUUCAAAAUAAUGGCGACGGCGGUACUUCAGGAACACCAACGCGCUCCGAGGCGUCGCUCGGCGUUCGCUUUUCACGCGGCCACGACCACGCAAGCUGACACCGGCAAGACGUUGUCGACUCAGCUCACGACGGGCCUGAGGUCCACCAGGCGUAGGCAGAUUAACAGCCAAGUUGAAGAACCCAACAACAACAACAAUAAUAAUAACCAUGGCAAAGUCGACACAGACCGCGAAAAGAAGGUGCAGUGCAAAGAGCAACAGACAUCCAGGGCCCGCAUGCACGCGGCUUAUCAGCCUUGGGUAAUCCGCACGUAUGGCGAUUCGGCUAAAACAAAAACAGUGACAUUGCGCAAAUACUCUCGUAUAUUGCGAGCUUUGCGGGGUGAAGAAGCCAAUCAAGCAGACAGUUCUAAGUUUCGCUUCUGGGUCAAGGCUAAAGGAUUUCAUGUUGGUGCCCCAGAAGGCUACGAACCCAAACCCGCAGACGCAAUUGUUGGGAGGUAUGGUUUGGAAGAUACUCCGGACUGUGAAUCACCUAAAGGUGCUGGGAAAGAUCCGCCGCUGUAUGUCCCGAAUGUUGCUGCAAAGGGUAUGCAACCGACUGCAUCAUCAUAUCGCAAAGUUGCAGUAGUCGAAAACUUUUUUGACAUUAUCUACAGUGUUCAUGUAGAUUUGGAAGGCAGAUGCGGGAAACAUGCUGGUCAGAAACGAACAUACCGCACGAUUACAGAAACAUACGCUUUUUUACCACGUGAGGCCGUAACUCGUUUCCUAAUGGGCUGCACAGACUGCCAACGUUCUCCUCGAUCAAUAUCCCCGAACAGCAAUAUUCUGACUACUCCUCCAGCAACACCACCGCCUCCGAUUUUAACAUUGCCUGCUUCGCAAACAGUGACUCCUUGCGAAAAGGUGCAGCCAAAUAGACCACCGAUUGCCAGUAAAAAUUUCAAAGAAGAACACAGACGAAUGCGUGCUCCAGAAGCAAAAAGUCCAGAAAUCGAACAAGUACCAUUUAAUGGCGGCAAGAGGAAGUUGGAAAUUGAAAAUCGAGUGGAAGAGAAGCCGAGGGUAAUGGUUGCAGCAACUCAUCCUUUGGAUGUUAGCAAUCUGGUAUCGAAUGAUGCACCAAUGGAUCUUAGUACGGGUGAUGGACCGUCUAAAAAACGAGCUAGGGUGGAUUCAAUGGAAUCAGAGCAAUCUGAGACUGCCGGCGCACCUUGGAGCCCAAAACGAAUGAUCAGUGCCUUUCCGAUACGAGCUUCUACACCGAUAGCUCUUCCGCCUCCACCUAUGCCGCCAAGUGAGACAACGCUAGAUUACUACAAUUUUCCGGCGACGGCGGCGUUUCUGAGGCAUGCUCGUGGCCUGAAUUUCGGCUUGGGCCUGGGUUACGCGACGGGACAGGACGGCCUGACUUCUGCUGCGCAUCUCGACCGUUACGAAACUAUGCAGACCACUGAUCCUACAGACAAUAAUGACAACGAUCAGUACUCAGGACUAAUGAAGGAAGCCGACAAAGUUAAACUGAUGCUUCUAGCGUGGAACUACCAUACCCAAGCGCAAGCUCGUGGUACUUUGGAUUCAGAAACUCCAAAUGCUGCACCACCAAUUUCAGUAAACGACGUUGCUGGUCUUUGGGCCUCUUACCAUUCUGCUUUAGGACUUUCAAAAUCAUCACCUCCAAGAGAACAAUCGAGUCCAGUUCUACUGGGUGGUGAAGCUGGAUCAGCCCAUGAUGAAACUUCCAGCAGUGGUCACAAAGAUGAUGAAGAAGCAAGUGAGGAUGAAGCUGAAGAACUUAGGAUUGAUGCUUUGGCUCAUGAUCCUGAAAGACUGAAGGCUUUUAAUAUGUUCGUCAGAUUAUUUGUGGAUGAAAAUUUGGAUCGCAUGGUUCCUAUAUCAAAACAGCCCAAAGAAAAAAUCCAAGCAAUAAUAGACUCGUGUACCAGACAAUUUCCAGAAUUUGCAGAAAGAGCACGAAAACGAAUCCGGACUUAUCUAAAAUCGUGUCGCAGGAAUAAAAAAUGUAGGGAUGGUGGUGCUGCAUGGGAUGCAAGUGUUCGUCCAACACCUGCUCAUUUAACUUCAGUACAAGCAGAACAAAUUUUAGCUCAAGCUUGCGAAAAUGAGAGUCAUAAUGCGAAACGAAUGCGAGUUGGCCUGGAGCCUGUUAGUCAACCUAUGCCAGUUACAACAUCAAUGUCAACAGAAACUACUGUGGCACCAUCGUUGACUUUAUAUCCAACCUUGAAGACUGAUGAUACACCUUUAACCAGCCUGAGCGUUGGCUACGCAACUCCAACUUCAACAACUCCUUUGUCUGUGUCGUCCACACCUAAACCUCUUGCAAUUAAUUCAGUUGAUGCAAAAUCUAGCAUAGGAACGAAUUCAUCUGCACUACUGAAUGGUUUAUCAAAUUCUUCAAGUACGACUUCUGCCACACCUACUUCUUUGUAUAGGCCAAAUUUUACCCAAGCUUUCCAAAGGGUGUCUUCGGCACCUGGGAGCACAGUUACUUCUGCGGUCAACAGUGUCAACACAGCAGCAGCCUACGCUGGAGCAUUAUUUCCUGCACAGAGUUUCAAUCCUGGACUUAUGACCAACGGUCCAACAGAUUUAAGUAUGAAGACUCGUCCUUUAUUGAGCCACAAAUUAAGUGCAUCAGAAAUGGGUGCAGUACGCCAACUAAUAACUGGAUAUCGCGAAUCAGCAGCAUUUCUUCUACGUUCUGCAGAUGAACUAGAAGCCCUUUUGUUACAACAAUAAAAAAAUGUAUAUUAGCCCUAAGUACUUGUUAUAAAUGUCCAUCUAAAUGUUUAUAUUUAAUGAUAUAAUUUUAUAAAAAAAACGAUAAAUGUAAGUA